AUGCUCCGCGACGAGCUGCUUCGCUCCAAGAACGACGAGAUCUCACGAUGUUUGCAGUCACGAAAGCGAAAACUGAGUGAGCUCUAUUUUGCGACGGUCGGAUGCUUAGGCGCGACCGACAGGGCCACCGCGGACACCCUUUAUGAGCAAAAGAAACAAGCGUUCCUCGAUGCCAACGACCUCGCCAAGGGUCGAUUUUUUAAUGAAUCCACUCUUCCUUCUUUCCCCGACUAUGCGGACAUCGUUGCGCAAUUACAGGUGCAUGCUCGCCCUACCUCCAGCGAGGCUACUGCAUUAGAGAGAUCAACGAAGGAGCAGAUUCAUCAAACAAAGCCUCUCUCUCCAGGACAGCCUUGUGCCGGUGGCAGGAUUCGAAAUGUUCCAGAAACGGCGACUGAUGACAAGAUACAGCUUGAUCAAGAUGCCUUGUCCUCAAGAACAGAUAUCAAGCAUCCUACUGUUGAAACAGCUUCUCCCCAACCGUCUACUGCGCAAAGGACUGAUGUAGCUGCGCAGCCGACCCCGACUGUUAGCACCAAGCCUCAAUUUACGGAGCCUGGGACACCAGUAAGCACACAUGAACAUGCUGUGCCAGGCAGCUUCACUUCUCCUUCUCAUACCCGCCCGAGCCUUAGAGACAAAGCUACUGAGCCAUCUGUUUUGGAACACGGUGUUUCAACAAUAUCGCAAAGGACGGAUACCAAUCUUCAAUAUAAACAAGACCGCAGGCCAUCUUUACCAUUAGGGACAGCUACUCGAUUAGAUCAACCGCUUUCUCCUGCUUCCUCUAUCGAACCAUUCUCCAAUAAUACUCCUAUACCUCCAGCUGCAUCUUCGGAUACAUCUCCAGAAUCCGGAGAACCCGAGGACCAUGAUGCCAUCUCAGCGAAGCCAGUUGUUGAUACACAAGAUCAUAUAUCAGCACAGGUGCAAGGGAAACCAACGCCGGUUAUACCUUCGACUCCAGACGAACAAUUACGGCUUGAGGAAGCGCAGUCUCUCUUGCAAAAUACACAAACUUUACCUACUAGUAGAGCACCUGGAGAUCUCGGCAAGCCUGAGAUUAGCUCACUCUCGAAACAACUAGUCAAAGAAGGCGCGCAACCGAAACCAUUAUCUAGCGAAGAUCAAAAGGUAUCAGGUGGACGCACCUUCGAGAGUUUCCAGGACGCAGCCAUUUCGCCGGCAUCUUCCGGCAUUCCAGAAGCUCAUGCGAACCGUGGCAUUCCUGUCUCUGCUCCUACAGAACCGUUAGUAGAACAACCGACACUGGAGACCGCAUCCAUGAACAAGCGACCGUCGCCUGCAAACAAUGUCGCAGUACAGCCAGUACCCGAGAGAAUGACUACUCGAGUAUCCUCGGGGGCUAUUCGGCAUAAAUCAGUUUCUGAAAUCCUUGGAGAGACUCCAAAGACUGCUCAGCAGACAAAUGUUUCUCGCGAACCUGCCGCUAUGAAAUCUCCUGUUUCUCAAGGAAGUCCAGAUUCCGCAUCACGUAUCAGGCAAAGGAAAGACCGAGAGAAAGAGCGCACGAAACUUUCUACCGUAGUUUUUCUCAAGAAGCAAUUGGAUAAGAAUGAUGCUUUCGGUUUGGUCCGUCAGAAAUCGGGCGAUUUGGUGGCUGGAUUAAAUGAACAACAAGACUAUCUGUUUACACUGUUUCAGAAUAAGGCUUAUUCACCCCCUCGCAGUUCGAAUAUCUCAACUCUCCUGGCCACUGCCCAUAAGACAUUGAGUACCUCAAAUCAUCUUCUUGAAUAUCAGGAACAAAUGGAUUGCCGUACGCUUCGUCGCAUUUAUGCCCUGCAAAAUGCCAAUAGAUGGCCGCUGCGUCAGUUGGAACGAUCUGCGGAGCCCCAUCGACAAGGCACUCAUUGGGAUGUUCUUCUGGAUCAUAUGAAAUGGAUGCGCACGGAUUUCAAGGAAGAGCGCAAAUGGAAAAUUGCAGCUGCGAAAAGUUGCGCUGAGUGGUGCGCUGAAUAUGUUCAAAGUGAACCCGCACAACGAAGCCAGCUCCGCGUGCAUACGAAGACUCGGCAAAAGAGAUGGGUUGAAGAUUCUAAGAUGGAUGGAGUUACCAGCGAUUCGAUGGUAGUUGAAAAUGCCGUGGAUGAUAUGGGCCCUGUUUCUCAGCCCACUCCAGACUUAGUACCUUCUGCAGAAGAAGAAUCAGUCAGCGAAGGCUUCGCAGACGAGCCGCGGUCCGAUUUGAGAGACACUGUUGCUCCAGCAGCUAUUUUCUCACUAGGAUCAGAAGAGUUUAACUUUUCUAUUGAUUUUACACCGGUUUCAGAAAAAUUGUUGGGAGAGUUACCUAUUUAUGCUCCCAUUGGGUUAUCGCCAGAAACACAUAUGCCUGUUUUCAAGUAUCAGCCUGAUACGGAUUGGAAAACAGAAGUUCUUCAGGUCUCAAAAUACUCUUCAGGCCGAAUCAGUUUCCGUGACGACGAACCUGCGAGAAAGAAGAGUAGGUACGACUACACUCUUCAUGAUGACCAAUACGAGACACCUAUCAUCGACAUAAACCCCGAGCAAACAGACGUUGCUCUUUUCCGUCCGGAGAAUAAGCAUAUACGAGAUCGUAUCCACCCUGGUCAUUCUUUUCGGCCGCCAACCGAAUAUCCCAUGCCAUCCGUUGGGUUCUUUGAGUCUAGACAGUCUUCACAAUGGACGCUCUCUGAGGAUGACGAACUCCGUCGUCUCGUGAAGGAUUAUUCGUACAAUUGGUCGCUAAUUUCCAGCUGUCUUUCAUCGCCGUCCAUGUUUUCGUCUGGUGCCGAGCGUAGAACCCCAUGGGAAUGUUUCGAACGGUGGAUUGGUCUUGAAGGCUUGCCUGCAGAUAUGUCCAAGACUCAGUAUUUCCGUGCUUACCAUCAGCGUCUGGAAGCUGCUCAACGUACUGUACUUGCACAACAGCAAGCUGCGCAACAGCAGCAGCAACAGGCGCAACAGGGCAAUCCAGGUUCCGUCCAACCUGUGAUUCGUCGAAGGACAACGCAACCUGUUCGUGUUGACCGCCGACGAGCUUCUCGCCAUCUUGCACUGUUAGAUGCCAUGCGGAAAUUGGCUAAGAAACGGGAAACGAUGCUUCAGAAGCAACAGCAAGCUACCCAUCUCGCUUCUCUGCGGAAAGUGAAUGAAGCAAAUCAACCGAAACCUCCUAUCACGAAUCCGGCUGAUUUUAGCAAAUUGAAAUACGAACGUGAACAAAAGCUCCAGGAGAGGCAGGAACAAUACCGUCAACAGAUGAUUGCACAGCAAAGAGCUACUCUGGCUGCGCAACGAGCCCUUCCAAAUCAACAAGCAGCUGCUUUGGGUGGUGUUGUUGGUAGAACACCCAAUGGUGUCCAACCUGCUGGCGCCCAACCUCUUCCUGCAUCGGCGCAGAAUGCUGUCGCCAAUGGCAUGCCCCCAAACGCAAACCUGAACCACGGAAAUGUCAUGCCUAUGCAAGGUUUGUCGAAUGGUAGACCUAUGGGGAGCCCUCUACCACCUAACGCAAUGGGUGUGAAGAUGGUGCCACAGCAAGGCAUGCAACAGCAAAUGGCAGGCCGGCCAGGAAUACCUAUUCAAGGAUCCCCCGACAAUGCCAGAGUGAUUCGCGAGGCCAAUCGGCUUCAAGAACAACAACGUCUUUUGCAAUCCCGACAGCAACAACAAGGGCAGCAGGUCCAGCAGGCAGGGCAACAGCAAUUCCAUAGUCCUCAGCAAUUUGGUCAACAAGGCGCUCACUCGCCUAAUGUCAACGUUCAAGGACUCAAUGGGAACCAAGGCAAUGCGACUAGUGCAGCCAUACUUGCAGCAAUGCAAGCUGCAACUGGGAUAACCAACCCGUCGUUUCAUAAUAGCAAUGUUCAAGGUGUGACAUCGGCUUCUCCUCGGAUGGCUCAACCAAAUCACCUUUCAAGUGGUGUCGUUCCGACAAUAACCAAUAUCCAAAACCAAAUUCAAAGAAGCCACCCGAACUUGUCUCCCGAGCAGGUCGCCAAACUCGCAACCGAUCGCCUUCAUCUAUAUCAACAACAGCAGCAACGCAUGACGCAGGCUGCAAUGAAUGCCGCUGUUGGCAGUGCUGGCGGUGCUAUACAAUCCAAUUUCCAGAUUCCCCAGGAUUCCAAUUUUCAAAGUUCUCCUCAAGCCAGCGGUAAUGUAGGGAUACAGAACUCUCAGCAGACCCAGUUCUCGCCAAUGAUGAGAGUCGCUCAACCCAACCAACAGAACCGCGUACCCGUUGGAAGUUCACCGUCGCUGAAUGGAAGCGUUCUCCCGCAACAAAGCCGAAGCGCUACGCCGCAAGCUCAACGCAGUGGAAGUGUCCAACAGACAGCAGCAGCAUCUGUCCCAGGCACAAAUAAAAGCCCUCACCCUCCAGCAGCACAAAUGGCCAGUAAUAGCUGGAUAAAUGGCUUUUAUUCCUACCAACGGUUCUACCCCAUUCUCAUACAUGAAGUUUUAUGGCCUGCUGGUGGUGUAGUUGGCAGUGCACCGCUGAAGGCCUCUGGGAGGAAUGUGAUUGAGUAG